UGAAAUGGAAAGCCUUGAGAUAUAUCAAACCGGAAGCUAGGACAAAACAGUACAAAAGCUUAGCACUUGCCCAGCACUGCUACAGUUGCAGCAGUUCCUAGACUGGUUGCUGAGGUAAACUUGGGAGGAAAGAAUAUCAAGGACUAUAAUUAUGGGGAAGUGCCUGCUAGCUCCAUUGCUGCUGAUCGUCCUAUUAGCAGAGGCAAGUCUCUGUGUUGAGGUUGACUUUGGAGGAAGGCCAGCAAGACCCGUUGAAGAGGAAGAGGUUAACCCAUUUGAUGUUAUAUCAAAACAAACGAAGGAUGAUGUUCUGCCGGCAACCGGGAGAUCAGUCGAGUCAAGAACGGUCUACCAGGGAGAUAUCGUUCUGGACGAGGCGGAAAACGCAGCCCUUGGCUUGGGCCGCUCGACCACCCAGAACAUUAUUGUUCUUACAUGGCCAAGAAAGCUCUGGAGAACAAGAACGGUCCCAUACAUCAUCUCUGGACAAUCAUAUGAUGCUGUGCAAAAAAUUGAAGCUGCGAUGAGAGAUUUGGAAAAGAGGGUCUGUUUGAAGUUCAGAAAGCACCAAUCAGGAGACAAAGCCUGGCUCAAUAUUUACAGAGGAAACUCUUGUUGGGCAAAUAUUGGUAGGAGCCUGGCCUUUGGUAAAACUGAUGUGAGUCUUGGUCCUUCAUGCUUGUCCCAAACUCUGAUCCAACACGAGCUAAUUCAUGCAUUAGGGUUCUUCCAUGAGCAAAGUAGGCGGGACAGAGAUAACUAUGUAAACGUUUUGAAUUGGAAUAUCAGUCCAGCCAACCUAUACAAUUUUGACAAGACAAAGAAAUAUGAGGCAGAAACCUUUGGUGUACCAUAUGAUUACAGUUCGAUCAUGCACUAUACGAAAACGACAUGGACAAAAAAUGGACAGGACACGAUGCAGGCGAAAAAUGAUCCUGAUUUACGGCUUGGUGGAACUGUAUUGAGUAAAUAUGACGUCAUGAAGCUGAACUUGAUGUACCAUUGCCAUGACAAAAGCGGUGAAAGAUGGACUGAGUGGUCCGACUGGUCAAGAUGUAUACGAAACAAUUAUGGCUGUUAUCGAAGCAAACACAGAAUUUGCUUGGUUGAAAACCUGGCUUUAUGUCCAGGAGCAGAUGACUAUGGUGUCCAGUCAAAUGCACAGAAAUGCCCCUCGCCAAGCUACUGUGACGUUGAGCCAGUGGAUGGAUUUUGGGGAAGCUGGUCUUCGUGGUCUGCGUGCUCAAAGUCAUGUGAUAAAGGGACAAGGACAAGAUCUCGCCAGUGCAAUUCACCAACACCUGCAAAUGGCGGCAAAAAAUGCAAGGGUGCAGCAACAGAUACAGAGAAGUGCAUGAGACGAACGUGCACGGCUAAUAAGUAUUACACAAAUUUUGAUAAUGGCUUUGGAGUUUGGUCCAAUGUUCAAGGAAGAAAUGACCCUUUGAAUUGGCAGCGUGGUCGUGGAAAAACAUCGCAGUAUUCUGGACCGCAAUCUGACCAUACGGAUGGGAAUGGUUGGUAUCUUUAUGUCUCAACUGCCAGCUACACAAGUCACAAGAAAAGGGCAGGAUUAAUAAGUGAAUAUCUUUCUGGCAAAAAGUGCAUAUCUCUGGCAUAUUGCAUGCGUGGUAAAAACAUGGGAAGGCUUGACUUUUCGUUACAAACAUCGAGUGGACAGUGGUUCAAUUUUCCAUUCACUAAAAAGGGUCACCAAGGGAAUGGUUGGCACCAUGCCGAGUUUUCGCUAGUAAAUCAAGCGUACACAAAAACUUCAUAUCGGUUCUUAAUCGAAGCAACUACUGGUAUUGGCCCAUAUUCAGACAUUGCCAUUGAUGACAUUCUGAUAGAAAACGGUGCAUGUGGUGCUGGUCAAGAGAAUGUGAAUGCCGUAAAGCCUAAACCUGGUGUUGCUGCUGUGGUCAGUGAAGGCUGCAAGAAUAAGGAUAAAAAUUGCAUUUCAUGGGCGAAGUCUGGUCAAUGCCAUUUGAAUCAAGGAUACAUGCUAGAGUCUUGUUGCCUUGCAUGUCGAAGCAUGGGAGAGUGCAAGGACUCUUACAGUGCAACAGGGUGUCCAGAAUGGGCAAGCAAAGGAGAAUGUGUGAAGAACGACAAAUGGAUGUGGAAGAACUGCUGUACAUCCUGCAAAAAGCAAGGAAAGUGCAGUGACAGCAAUAAGAAUUGCAAGACCUGGGCAAACGAUGGGUGGUGCAACAACGACAGCUAUGUAGCCUUUAUGUGGACAAACUGCUGCUCAUCCUGCUCUGACUCUUGGAGAAAAAGCAAGAACUGUUCAGACAGUAAUGCAAAGUGUAGUGAAUGGGCAAGAGAUGGAGAGUGCAAGAAGAAUCCGGAUUGGAUGCUAAAGAAUUGCUGCAAGUCAUGCAAAUCUUAAGUGUGUAUACACCUCAAGACUGAAAUGGUCGAAAAAGCUGUUCAAAGAUGCACACUUAUGAAACUGCUAUAGUAAACUUUAUCAUAAGCAUUUUUACAAACGUAGGGUUAAGAAACCAAGUUCCUUUAUCUGCUGAUACAGUCUUAAUCAUGUCUAUAUUCUAUUUGUUAAUUACAUAAUUCGAAUUUUUGUUGUUGUAUUACCCUUGUUCUGCACAGUAAUAUAUCAUAGCAUGCAAAUA